UCCCACACUUUCACAUCCCCCGUCGGUGCCUCUCUCUCUCCUCCCCCUCUCUCUCUCGCCCCCCAAGGCGGCUAUUACCUGGCUCGGACUAGGGUUUUGCAUUUCCCCCAUUGUAGACAUAGUUAGAGAUAAAGGGAGAGUGAGUGAGUGUUUGUAGGGUGGGGGAAAUAAAAGGAAUGGGCCAAGAUACAGUAAAACGAGGCGGCGCCGGCGGAGCACUCCCGACGACGGCCGCCGCAAGACCCACGUCCAGAGCCUCCAUCCUACCGCGCGGCCGCCAGCAGAUCCAACGCACCUUCAACAACAUCAAGAUCACCAUCCUCUGCGGCUUCGUCACCAUCCUCGUCCUCCGCGGCUACAUCGGCCUCAACCUCGGCACCACCGAGGCCGACGCCGUCAACCAGAACCUCAUCGAAGAAACCAACCGCCUCCUCGCCGAGAUCCGCUCCGACCGCGACGAGGAGGAGGAGGAUAACAUCAUCUCAUCCUCCCCCCUCCUCAACACCACCACCACCGCCAUCAGCAACCCGAACAAUAACAACUAUACUCUCGGUCCCAAAAUCACCACUUGGGACAGCGACCGCAAGAUCUGGCUCGACCGCAACCCUCAAUUCCCCGCCACCGUCAACGGCAAACCUAGAGUUUUACUUGUGACGGGGUCCCCGCCCAACCCCUGUGACAAUGCAAUCGGGGAUCACUACCUCUUGAAAUCAAUCAAAAACAAGAUUGAUUACUGCAGGUUACACGGGAUCGAGAUCGUUUACAACAUGGCUCAUCUGGAUAAAGAGUUGGCUGGGUAUUGGGCGAAACUGCCCUUGAUUCGUAAGCUCAUGUUGUCUCACCCGGAAGUGGAGUGGGUUUGGUGGAUGGACAGCGAUGCGCUGUUUACUGAUAUGGUGUUCGAGGUUCCGUUGGGUAAGUACGAUGGGUACAAUAUGGUGAUACAUGGGUACGAUAACUUGUUGGAGCAGAAGGCUUGGGUUGCUCUGAACACCGGGAGCUUCUUGUUCAGGAACUGCCAGUGGUCGUUGGAUUUGUUGGACGCGUGGGCGCCGAUGGGGCCCAGGGGUCCGGUCCGCGAAGAGGCCGGGAGGGUUAUGACGGCGUAUCUGAAAGGGAGGCCCGCUUUUGAGGCCGACGAUCAGUCGGCGUUGAUAUACUUGUUGCUUUCGCAGAAGGAUAAGUGGAUGGACAAGGUGUUUGUGGAGAACACUUACUAUUUGCACGGGUACUGGGCCGGGCUGGUGGACCGGUUCGAGGAGAUGAUCGAGAAGUACAAACCAGGGUUUGGCGAUGAGAGGUGGCCAUUUGUGACGCAUUUUGUGGGGUGUAAGCCUUGUGGGAGUUACGGAGAUUACCCGGUGGAGAGGUGUUUGAGUAGUAUGGAGAGGGCUUUUAAUUUUGCGGAUAAUCAGAUUGUUGAGUUGUAUGGAUUUAGACAUAGAGGAUUGUCGAGCCCAAAGAUUAAGAGGAUCAGGAACGACACUGCUACUCCUCUGGAGUUUGUAAAUCAGUUUAAUAUUCGGCGUCAAGCGCAUGGGAGCAGGGAAUUGUAGUGCUAUAGCUGGUAUACCAUCUUCCAUGGGUGAUAACCUAUAGAUUAUACAGACUGUUUCCACAAGAGAAGUAGACGACAAGCGAUUCAACCAGAUCUUUGGAAAGUGAACUGGACCCCGGUUCAAAAGUGUUAUCAAGAGUUGACUUGGAGUCCUUGAAUUGCCAAUUCCAGAAGCUUGUGGACACCCCAUUGUUUUUGCUGUAGCAGAUGAAAGUCUUUUCUUUCUUUCUUUUUUCACACUGCUUCUUUCUUGCGGUUUUCUCACCUUCAAAAUAGAUGACAGAAUUAUGAGCUGUACCCAGACAGGAGAGGUGGGUUGGGGUAGGAAUCCCUACACUAUUUGGCAGCAGGAAAAAUAAAAAUUCAAUGAUGUUGUCAUCAAUAUAGUCUAAACCCUAAAAAGUGAACGCAUGGGAAUGUACAACUGGAAUUCAGUGUUUCUUAAUUCUUUAUUUUUAUGAGGAAAAUCCUGGCUGUCGGCACUUGGAACA